AUAAAAUAAUGCUAAGUGAUAUCUAUCGUAAUCAGGGAUUGUUUAAGGCGCUUUUCUUAACCGUAGGAUUUGUGCUGAUUGUAUUUUGCUUCUUCUGUAAUGUAGGUGAGUUCAAUAAGUCAACUUCUAAGUCAAAAUAUUACUACACAUUUUCAGCAAGAUAUCACUCAUCAUCUUCAGAUGGAAUUGAUUGUUAUUAAGAUAUAGAUACCUGCAAUGGUGAUGGAUUUUGCAACACUGUCAAAACCACUCCUUAUUUAGGGGGAUUUGCCUUGGGAUUUAUUGGAUUGGUUCUGAUAUUUUCAUUCGGGGAAUCCAUUAUAAGUAGAGUUAUUAAAAAAUACCAUAUUUGGAUAAUCCAAUUAGUAUUCCUAUUCCUUGCAUGGGCAUUGUUGUUGAUCAUCCCAAUUUUGUAUUUAACAACAAAAGGAAAUAAUUGGAAUUUAUGUUGGUUUCCCAUAAUAUUUGAAUUUAUUGCAGUUUUUGCCACAAGUUUUUCAGCCUUUCUUUAUUAUAAAAGUAAUGAAACCAGAGGUCCAGGAUUAUUAUCAUGA